GAGGCGAGUCUCUUGAGCAAAUUUCCAAAGGAGUGAUCGUCAUUUUAGUGAAAAGUUGAGCUCCGGUGUGUGAUUUCAAAUGUCGAGGACUCAAGACGCCUCUACACAUGUUUGUUAUCUGAGAACUGCACAUGAAAAACAAGUCACCAGACAUCACCCACUCUCUCUAUGACCCCAAAAACGCCCCCGAAGUGGCAGCAGGUGGUUGGACAUGAAGGGAGUUUUCAAGUUGGUGAACAUGGCACACUACUGAAAAAGUUUUGUAAAGGGGAACAACAAUGCUACCUGAAACUUAUGAAGGAUUCUUUGAGGCCAUUUGUUCCAGCGUACCAUGGAGUUGUGCAAAAGGAUAAUCAGGAUUACAACAUGAUGGAAAACCUACUGAACAACUUUAAUUCACCUUACAUUAUGGACUGCAAGAUCGGGAGCAGAACAUAUCUGGAGAAUGAACUGCAGCUAGCUCGUGAGCGGCCCCAGCCUCGUCAGGACAUGUUUGAAAAGAUGGUUGCCGUGGAUCCAGGUGCCCCAACAGCCGAGGAGCAGGCCCAAAAGGCUGUUUUAAAAAGCAGAUACAUGCAGUGGAGAGAGACCCUGAGCUCAACUACUACACUUGGAUUUCGUAUUGAAGGAUUUAAGAAACCUAAUGAAGACUGUCAAACAAAUUUCAAAAAGACCAAAAGUAAAGAACAAGUGAUAAAAGCUCUGAGUGACUUUGUGGAAUCCAACACACAAAUUGUGUGGGGUUACUUAAGACAGUUGAGACAGCUGCGGCAAGUCUUGGAGACAUCAGACUUCUUCAAAACACAUGAGGUUGUGGGCAGCUCCUUACUGUUUGUGCACGACUGCUCUGGAAAAGCUAGAGUUUGGAUGAUUGACUUUGCAAAGACAGUGACCCUCCCGCCUCACUUCAGAGUGGACCACCAAUCUCCCUGGGUGGAGGGAAAUCGAGAGGAUGGAUACCUGUGGGGUCUGGACAACCUCAUUGACGUCUUGACCAAUAUGCUCCACUACUAAAGGGAAAUUGGGACUUCAAGUAAUUUGGUAACAGGACCAUUUCAACAUAUCAAAUUUACCAUACAAACAGCACAACUUAACCUGCUGAGUGAUUUAAAGGUGCUCUAUGUAACUUUUCUGGUGGAGGUAUGGCAUAAAAUGUAUUUAUUUCUAUGGAGACAGGUAGUCAAUGCCACUAGGCCAAGUUAUAGGUCAGGUCUGUGAAGAGGCAAGCUCACUCACAGUAAGAAUGCUUUUUUUCCAGUUUUCUUUUAGCUAUAAACACACAUGUAACUGAAUAUAUGCUAAAUAUGUUUAAUGCCAUACUGUAACAUUCCAGGCAGAACUAUAAAAUGACUGGAGACAAACAGGUGACAGACACUCUGCCUGAAAAGUUACAUAUUGCAACUUUAACAUAUGCGUACACUGCCAUUUUAACUAAUGUCAUUUUUUAAAUAGAUGUUUCAAAGCACAAUCUAUACAUUAACAAAUGAAAUGGUGCUAAAGUAUUUUAAAAUCUAAAUUAAUAAUUUCUUAUCUACAUUGACCUGUAAAGCAAUAAUAAGCAUGGACAAAACUGUUUUGUAUCACACUUAAUAAAAUCAGUGAAUGUUAACCAUGAGGGAAACUGUAUGACUAAGUACGUAUUUUAAAGGACACAUAUGUCACUGAUAAACAUGACUGUGAUCUUAAAAUAGGCUUCAGUGUCAUAGAGAAGAUCAGAGACACUUAAAACAGAUGUGUUGUCUGUCUUCCACACCUGUCCCAGCCUGGAGCAGUGGGCACCAGGAACCCCUGCCCUCAGCAAUGGUAUUAGUCAAGAUUAAAGGCAUGUGCAGACAGAGAAAAUCAUGAUACUCCACAAAUCCUCCCACACAGUCUAUGGGAUAAACAAAAAAGCUUUUCAGAGGCAUCCACUGUAGUUUGUUUUCCAGGGGCAAUUUGAUACAAAUAUAAAGGAAAAAAUAAACUUACACAUGCAAUACAUCUUUUUGUGUUUCCUAUAAUGAAAAAACUUAAAAGACAAUGUGCUCUAUGUUUGUCUGGGAUCCAGAAUACACACUUCUUCAAUACAGAGGAAUAUCAUUCUGGAUUUGCCCAGCAACUCUUCAACACACAUUUUAUGUAUUGAAUUUAAAAGAAAAUAUUUGUAUUUAAUUGAAACUCAUUUGGAGAUUAGAGAAAGAGUCAUUUGAAAUAGCUUUGAUGAAGGUGCGCUCAGGACAAGAGGGGGUUGGUCUAUGGUGAUGAUGUCAUCACUGCUUCUCAGUUUAGACCAAAAAAACCCCUCAAGAUUCUCCUAUAACUGGUCAUUGUUCAGCACAUUCAGUACGGCAGCACACC